GAUUCCGUCCAGUUCGAUCGGCAACGGGAGCGGAGAAAGGAAAGCUGAGAGCCCGAAGGCAGUAGCCCCCACCACCGCCGGCCCAAGUUACCAUCUAGCACCGGGAAAAUACACUAGAGAGCCACCGCCGGCUUUACCAACAAGGAACCACCAUGAGCAGCGAGGCCGAAACACAGCAGCCGCCGCAGCCUGCCGCCGACGCGGAGAGCCCGUCCAACCCGGCAGCUGCAGCUACCGCGGGGGAUAAGAAGGUCAUCGCAACAAAGGUCCUGGGGACAGUGAAAUGGUUCAACGUAAGGAAUGGCUAUGGUUUCAUCAACAGGAAUGAUACAAAAGAAGAUGUCUUUGUACACCAGACUGCCAUAAAGAAGAAUAACCCAAGGAAAUACCUUCGCAGUGUUGGGGAUGGAGAGACUGUGGAGUUUGAUGUGGUUGAAGGGGAAAAGGGUGCUGAGGCAGCCAACGUUACCGGGCCUGGUGGUGUCCCCGUUCAAGGGAGCAAAUAUGCGGCCGACAGAAACCGGUACAGGCGGUACCCACGCAGGAGAGGGCCCCCUCGUGACUACCAGGAGAACUACCAGAGCGACGGGGAGGGAGAGGUGCGUGAGAAGAGGGAGGGCGGAGAGAGUGCACCUGAGGGCGACCAGCAGCAGCGAAAGCCCUCCUUCCCCGGCAGGCGACGCUAUCCCCCAUACUACGUCAGAAGGCGCUAUGGGCGCAGGCCCCCCUAUACCAACGCACCCCCCAGGGGAGAAAUGACCGAGAGUGGGGAAGGUGAUGAGAACCAGGGUGGACCAGACCAGGGCAACAAACCAGUGAGGCAGAACUACUACAGAGGCUUCCGACCAAGGUUCAGACCAAGGGGUCCACCCCGUCCCCGGCCGGCGCGGGAAGGGGAAGAGGACAAGGAGAACCAGGGUGAGGGCGGCCAAAAUCAGGAGCCCCGCCAGCGCCGCUAUCGCCGCAACUUCAACUACCGCCGCAGACGGGCCCAGACCACCAAGCCUCAGGACGGCAAGGACAGCAAGGCAGCCGAAGCAUCCGCUGACAAAUCAGCCGCUCCCGAAGCCGAACAAGGCGGGGCCGAGUAAAACAUCCGCUGCCGGCUUCACCAUCUUGCACCAUCCUGCCGGUUUUUGUCAACAAGAAGAAGAAGAAACAUCCAAGAUCUGAGCAAUAAGAACCAGAUUUGACCUGACGAUCGUCUAAGCUUGCAACAUGCGUUUGACCAGAUUACCACCGAUUGCCUGCAGAAUCUAUGCAGACCUGUUUUUUUUUUUCCAUUCUUUUUAUGUGACAGCUAAAAGUUUUGGGGAAACAGCAGAUGUUUUUCUAAAUCGGUCUUAAGUUUUUACACCAAAUGGUUUUUAAAAGAAGUAAUUUGAUAUCUGGUCAGUUUGACAUUUUUAAAUAACUUUUUAUGUAUCCAAACAUGAAUUUUAACAAAAGGCAAGCUCAAAAUAAAAGACAAAGACGAAGUUUCUCCA